AUGGAAACCAGCGUCUCCGGAACUGACGAAAAAGACCUGUACUAACAACGCGCAACUUUUCUUGUUCUGUUUUCAUCGAAAACGAGGGUCUUUACGUACACGCAAAAACGCCCGUUCUCCGGGUUUUUUGACCGUUUCGGUGGGACUAUUCAUGCAUUGUUUUCCCCUCUGUCGUCAUCCGCCUCAGGAGCUCUUAGCUCCCAGAUCCCGCUUUUCUCCCCUGGCUCGUGUAGCGACCGCCCAAUGAUGGCGACUGCGAAGUUGAGGUCCCAGUGCCAUUCAACCGUUAACUGCAAGCGGUAUGCAAUGUUUUCUUUUACGGACAAGUUUAUUUCAAACCGGCACUUCAGGACGACUGCAUUAUGCGCCGUCGUCGCUUGUAUGCUGCUGCUGUGUCUACACGAACGGGUCGCCCCUCAAGGGUCUUUUUCUCACCCGGCCGACCAGCAGUGGACCAACUCUGAGGUACCGAAGUUUUUUUUCGCAUCCGCAUCAGAGGAGACUCAAACGACGGAUGACGUACCGGCACCAGAAAACGAUGACUUGGAGACCCAAACACAAGCCGACCAAACGUCGCAAGUGUCGUCAAGUAGACGGAGUUCCAGAUCUCUGGGCUCGUCACUUAGACAACGCAGUGUUGCCGCAAAAAGGAUGAUGCUCGCGAAAUUUUUCCUGGCUGCGAUCCCCAUUAUCGCUCUUGGUUACGGAUGCUAUAAAUUCUUCGAGGAAGAAGGUGAAACAGCAGGUGCUGAAGACGGACGUAUGGUUCCUGACGCAGAAGAGGAAGAGCCCGGCAACCAGGAAAGCUUUACCAAAUUCGUCGUAACUUGAAUACCCAAGGCAACAACCGUUCCCGUGAUGUCUUGUUGAGGGAGCGAGAACGCAACACGCGUUGAUUUCUCUGCAGAGAAGUUCCACAAUC